UUAAAAAAUAAUGAAGCACAUUCUUGUGUUAGCCUUGAUUGCAUUGACAUAUGCUACAACCAUAACAGAGAUGUCAGAAAGACUUUCUUAAUAUGGAGAUCAUCCUUUUGGAAAGUCUAUGGUGAAUUUAAUAAGUGUGAAUAUGAAGACUGGUGGUUCCCUGAAUGAGUUGAAAUAACUCUUAUAAUAAAUUAAAGAUGAACUUAUUGCACUUACUUAAUUAUAAGAUUAAGAAAAUGCUACUUUCACUCGUAGAAGUCAAGUUGAUUUAGCUAAAUUAUAAGCUACUCUAGAAUAAGCAGAAAGUGAUUUAGACAAUCAAAGAUAAGAGUAAUCAAGUUUAAAUAGCGAAUUGACAACUCUUUAAACAAGAGUAAAAGAGGGUAAUUAUUUUAAUAUUAUAAUAAUUUUAUAGAUUAAGCUGCUUUAGAUAGAAACAGUAGAGGAAGUGGUGAUGCUUAAUCUAGACUUGAUGCUGAAAAUGCUGAUUUUGCUACCAAAUAUUCUGAUUAUAGUGAUGCCAUUUUAGCAUGUAAAGAAGCUUAAAGAUUAUUAAUGAAUUUAAGAGGUGAAGGAGCAUCUUUAAUAUAACUUACGUAUUUCUUAUUUUUAAUAUACAAUUUUAGUUAAGAUACAAAGAGCAAUCUCCUCUAAACUAAAGAAAACUUUUAAAAAAUUAAAGAAAUAUUAGAAGCUCACACUAAAAAGAGUUCAUUAACUUUAUUCUAACCUAUCAUUGAAGGAUUAGCUGAAAUGACUACUAAAGUUAACCCAGAAACAUUAAAUAAUGUUCUAAGUUUAGUUGCUCGUUUGAUCACUGCACUCCAAGAAGGCUAAGAUUAAUUAGAAUCCAAUCAUAAAACUUAAGUAAAUAUAUAUAAUUAUAUAUAAAUAGGUUGAAAAUUUAACUAGAUUAGGUGAUGAUUUGAGAAAUGAAAAAUAAACUUUAUAAGUCUCUUUAGCUACUGCAAAUAAUAGACUUAAAGAAAUCUAAUCAAGAUUAAAUGAAUUAGAUGGAUUAAUUAAUAUUUCAAAUGCUUUAGUUGAAGUUACACAAUUAAACAUUUAAGAUGCUAUUUAAAUUAAUGAAUUAGAAGAUUCAGAAUAUAGCAAUUAAAAAGUUAGCAGGUAUAUAAUUAAUAUUAUAAUAUUAUAGAUAAACUGAAAUAGAUAUAGUUGAUAGAUUAAUUGAAUACAUCAAUUCCAAAUUAUCAGAGUGAUUUCAUACAAUUAUAUCCA